GCUUUGCGCGUGCGCGUUGAUUGGCGUUGGCGGCGAGCCCGGGAGGCGGCCAGUUCCUUCCCCCAACCCGUGGCUGGCAAUGGUGACAGUUUGAAGUGGGGCAACGGUCAGUCAGUGCGCUCUGCUAUCACUGAGGUGCGAUGGAGGCGCUGAUUCCCGUCAUUAACAAGCUGCAGGAGGUGUUUAACACGGUCGGGGCCGAUAUCAUCCAGCUGCCGCAAAUCGUGGUGGUGGGGACACAGAGCAGUGGAAAAAGCUCAGUACUGGAGAGUCUGGUGGGUAAGGACUUGCUCCCCAGAGGUACCGGUAUUGUCACUCGAAGGCCAUUAAUACUGCAGCUAGUGAAUGUUUCCCCUGAGGAGCAGCGGAAAGGAGCAGGAGAUGAUGAUGGAAUUGAUGCAGAAGAAUGGGGAAAGUUUCUUCACACAAAACACAAGGUAUGCACAUUGUUCACUAUUAGGUUAUUUCAUAUUGGAAAGGUUUAA